CAUGAGCUUUUCUGAUAUUGGAUUUUGUGUUUAUGCAGAUUCCUCGGUGCUCUUGAUUAAGAAGCAGCAGUUGAUUACCUCCAAAUGUGGCAGCUGUGGGGAGGGGUAAAAACCCUGAAGACCCUGAUGCUAAAAGGGGAACUCAGAGUGUGGAGAGGGGAGAGAUGAGCUUUGGAAAUCAGCUGCCAGUGAACCCAGCCUGGGAGCAGAGCCUCUGCAGACAGAGCAGGAGACAGAAAUGUCAAUUGCCACUUGUUCUGUUCAACCUGAUUCCUCCAAACCUGAAGUGGGAAUAUCUGGAAUGGAGCUCAAUCUCCGUCUGUGCUUCAUGCAAGCAAAUCACAGGCUUUGCAAGGUCUCCACCUGAUAUAUUGGAAGUGGUAACAAACUCUUGAGAUGGAUUUUUGAAAUCUUUAGACCUCUGACCAGGCUUGCAGUGAUGACACAGAGGUAACAAUAAAACCACUUGAGAGACAUUUAAUGGGACACUUUAAAUGAAAUCCCCGGGCUUGGUGAUGGCAGCUGAGAGUGUUCUUGCCAUUUUCCCAUUUAACAAGAAGAAAAGGCCAAACAAGGAGCAAUUAGUCAGAAUAAAAUCAGCUUUGAUGACAUUUUCCCUCCUGAACUCUGGUAUAAAAUGGUCACCUGAGGAAGAACUGAAGGGAUAUGUGAGGAAUUUGGAUGUGGUGCUGCAUGUUCACACACACAGUGCUGGGUAAAAAAUGAGCAGUCUAUGCAGGUUAAACUUGGUUUUCAUCCUGUGGAUCUCCGUGACAUUGGUGUGCUCGGCUUACCCAGUUGGCCCUUCCAUGAGCUCCAACCCUUUUUAUUUGACCUGCUGGCUGCAUGGGAAAUGGGAUUCGUGCCUGGUGCUGCUGAGCAGCUGCCUCUCCAAGGUGGGCAGGGGUGAGCAGCUGGCUCUUGGGAAGCCUCUCCUGGAGUCCCCUCUCCACAAACGGUCCUUCCGCAACGGCGUCGGAACGGGAAUUAAAAAAACUUCCUUCCGAAGGGCAAAGUCCUGAGCAAAUGUCCCAGAGCCCGGCCCAGGUUUUGACAUCUGAAGUUCCAGCCGUUGCUUCCAGUCCCUUUUGAUGCUUUUUUGACAAAGCCACCUCUGACAGAGUCGCCGGGCGUCGGUUUCCGAGCGCCGCGAGCCGAGCGGAGCAGAUGGGAGCGCUCGGGAAGGGCUUUGUUCCCAAAGUUACACUGGCAUAAAGUUUUGUCUCGAAAUGAAUGUUUUCAUUUGCUUAAUUUCCCUCCUUUAUCAGGUUUUAAUCAAGCUGCUCUUUGAUUAGUACAAAGAUAAUCCCGUGCUUUGAGGAGAUGCGUGCGCACAGCCUGUGGGGAGGACGGAGUAUUCCCAAAAUCCCUCCUCUCUGCCAGGCACGAGACAUUCCUGUGCUUUCCCAUCCCAAAUCACACUUACUUGAAGGCAACUGGUAAUUUUAACACAGAUU